AUGUCCCCAACAACCAUAAGUGAUAUCCAGCCACCAGUCGCUGCGCCUACCAAGUCUGUUGCUUCUACUGUGAACAAUCGGGUUGAGAAGCCACCGCAGGUCCAAGUUCUCGGUAAGACAAAGAGCGGCAAGACAUUGAAAAUCCGCAGCUAUCCCAACUUCGACAACCUGGAAGAUGAGCGACUAUAUCGCAAGCAGCACCUGGCCGCAGCAUUCCGCAUAUUUGCAGACCGUGGAUUCGACGAGGGUGUUGCAGGGCACAUCUCCGUCCGCGAUCCCAUCUUGACUGAUCACUUCUGGAUAAAUCCCCUCUCUGCCCACUUCUCCCUUAUAAAGGUGUCUGACCUUGUACUUGUCGAUGAAGAUGGUAAUGUCGUUGAGGGCGAUGAACCAGUUAACCUCCCCGCCUUCGCCAUCCAUUCUGAAAUCCACAAGGCCCGACCGGACGUUAACGCCGCAUGCCAUGCACAUAGCGUUGCCGGGAAGGCAUUUUCAUGCUUCGGGCGUGAGCUAGAGAUGAUCACUCAAGACUCGCUGCGCUUCUACAAGAGUCAUGCUGUCUACCGCGAGUUCCGAGGUGUGAUCUUAGACGGUGAGGAAGGGAAGCGUAUUGCCGCGGCGUUGGGAGAUGGAAAGGCGGCAAUUCUCCAGAAUCAUGGGCUUUUGACUGUUGGACAGAGUGUAGACGAGGCCGCGUUUUGGUUUAUUAGCCUUGAUAAGACUUGCCACGCGCAGCUGUUGGCUGAUGCGGCGGCCGCGGGGGGCUUUAAGAAGAUUUUCAUCGACGAGGAAGAAGCGGCAUAUUCCGCACCGCAGGUUGCCGGAAUGGACCGUUCUAACAAGCCCGCCGCCAUCGGUGUUACCGCAACCCCGCCCCAACCCACAAUCUCCCUUGCCAACAACGUCGUCCAGGCCAACUUGCCCUCCGGCGAAUCCGUUACCGUCAACCUCCACGGCGCGACAGUGACAUCCUGGAAAACAUCCAACGGCACAGAACAGCUAUGGCUCAGUGAAGCUGCUACACUAGACGGAUCGAAACCGAUCCGAGGUGGAAUCCCCGUUGUAUUCCCUGUAUUCGGACCCCCACCCCCAAACCACGCCACGUCUGCCCUCCCACAGCACGGCCUUGCGCGAUCUUCCCUUUGGGAAUUCCUCGGAAAGUCCUCCUCCGAGUCUUCCGGCAGCGCCGCCGCCGACGACACCGUGAAGCUGGACUUCGGGCUGUCUUCUGCAAUGCUCACACCCGACUUCCGAUCGAAAUGGCCGCAUGAGUUUGGACUAGUCUACAGCGUUACACUUUCGCCAGAGGGCUUGGGGACUUUGCUGCAGGUGCGGAACCAGGGAGAGCAGAGCUUUGAGUUCCAGGUGUUGCUGCAUACUUACUUUGGGAUUGAGGAUAUUUCUCAGCUUCACGUCAAGAACUUGCAGGGGAAGACAUACAUCGAUAAGGUGCAAAACGCGAGCUCUCAUACCGAAUCCGCCCCCUUUAUCCAGUUCACCUCUGAAACGGACCGCGUGUACAAGGACCUCGACCCCUCAGUUCCCCUCGUUAUCGCGUCUACUUCAUCAGGACAGGAGAAAGACCUUUUCAGCAUUACGCGCGAAGGGCUGAAUGAUGCCGUCGUAUGGAACCCCUGGAUUGAAAAGGCAAAGGGAAUGGGCGAUUUCAGCCCCGAUGAUGGAUACAAGAAGAUGGUUUGCGUGGAGCCGGGUGCUGUGAAUGGAUGGCAGACUUUGGAGGCUGGGGAGUCCUGGGAGGGUGGUCAAGUUAUUAAGAUUGGGGGUAACUAG